UUGGAGCUCAAGCUACUCAAGCUGAAGUGUUUCUUUUCUGAUUCGGCUUCGGUCAUGUUGCAGCUUGCCUUCGCCAUUUUCUUGGGUUUCAAUGAAGCUGCUACUGCUCUCAUGAUAGGUGCAGAAGCAAGGAAUGGGCACCUGGCCAUGGACGUCUUCAGUUCUGUUCUGGCCACGAACUUCCUGAGCCGAUCCCCAGUUGAUGCUGCCUUGGCUGCAGAGGCUCUGCAGUACAAGCAGCAGUUCGACUUGUUCGACAUCGAUGGCAAUGGAGAGAUCACAGCUAGGGAGCUGUCCUCCAGCAUGAAGAAGAUCAAUGGGAAAAGCCUCCCAGAGGAAGUGAAAAGCACUAUCAAUGAGGUGGAUGGAGACCGAAGUGGCACCAUCAACUUUUCGGAGUUUAUGACUUUGUUGAGUCGAAAAAUGCACGAGACAGACACUGGCGAGGAAAUCAGGGAAAGCUUCAGAGUCUAUGAUGCAGAUGGCAAUGGCUAUAUCACUGGACAGGAGUUUUAUGAUUUCAACAACAAGCUGGGAGGGAAGUUUCAUGCGCUUGAAAACGUCGAUGAGGUCAUCCGUGAGGCCGACAUUGAUGGUGAUGGCAGGGUCAGCUACGAAGAGUUUGUCCAAAAAAUGAACUUCCCCAAUCGCAAGGGAAAAGGUGGUGCUUCCUCUGGAAAGUGAGACCGGCGGCAAUGAGCCCAGAAGCAAAAAGUUUGCUGAGCGCCAAAAAAACUG